UUGUCAGCUGUUCUUCUUCAGUGUCUGUGAUUUAUCCAGCCACCGCACCGCAAGGCAUGGAUGGUGGCCGUGCAGGGGGAGAAGAUAGUGAGAAUGAGGAGGGGAGGGAGGCUACAGAAAAUGAAAGUGGAGAGGGAGAAGUUGCUGGUUUGGACAUGGGCUCCAGUCUCAGCCAGGGUGUGUGGGUCAGCCAGCAGCCAGGGCCCAGUGGCCUCCAUUUCUCCCCGCACUCCCUCUCUUCCUCACUGGGGGGUCUGAAUUUUACCUUGCCCCCUCCACAACCUGGUCCAUCUAGACCACCUCAGGAUGUGUUUGCCGUGUCUGAAUCUCAAGACGUUUUAGGAGGCGGAGCUUUGCAACAACUGAACUUUGACCCCCUUCCCUCACCUCUUCAGCCGAGUACACCACCAAGUAAUCAGAGUCUCUCUCCUUCUCCAACGAGGCAGGAGCCGAGACAGCAAGUUGUUCCACCUGCAAUAAGACAUGUGGUACCCCAGCCGCCGGUAGUCCUACCUGGUGGCCAGCCUCAGUCAACACUGCCCCGGACUCACGGUGGAAGUGAUCGCCCGGCUCACGUUCCAUCCAUAUCUGAGAUAAGCAGCAGCCAGUCGUCAGACGAAGAUCUGAGAUUGAGAAGACCUCCGGUUUUGCCAAGUUCACUUCUCAGGUCUCACUCUGCGUGUCUCCCCGUGCAGAGACUGGACCAGCCAACCUCAGAGUCGUCUGGGACCGACGGUAUGGACCAGGCAGUGGUGCCUGACCCAGAGAGACAGAGACAGGCUGCUCUAGAGAGAGCCAAUAGGUACCCUCAGGCUGUACCCAAAGCUCCCUCCAGACUGAGAAAAGAAUUGAGAGCUCGAGAGAGGCAUGCCUCGGCCUCCUCCUCUCUCCCUGACUCAUCUCAACCAUCCACCUCCGGAGUCUCCCACCUCACUCCCCACACACACUCCACUCCUCCUCACCCCUCACACCCUGCCAGCUCGACCACUGCCAGUGAGGACCCCAGCAGCUCUAAUGACAGGGAGUCCACCCCACCUCUGGAGCCAGAGUCUGCAUACGAAUCUGCAGGGUCUCUCGUGCCGGAGGCGGGGCCAAGCCACACCCCACAAUCAGUCGGUAGCAGAGGGGAGAGAGGAAGCCAUGCCCCCCACACAGCUGGUGAGGGACGACAGAGUGGGGAGGGGACAGGCAGAGGAGGAAUGGAUGAGGACGAUACUCAACCACUGGACUUGACUCCGACUCGAGAGGAGCCGAGUCACGGAACAAGAACACAAUCUUCCAUCAGAUGUGCGUUUGAGCUCCGGACACACCUGGUCAUCAUCCGCUACCUCCUCCAGUACUGUCAGCAGCAGCUGUGUCAGCUUACAGAAGAUGAGAGGACAAUGUACCCACACUCGAGGCCAGCCUUGAGGAGGCCAGAGAGGGAGAGGAUGAAGGAGAGACUCAGCCAUUGGAUCAGUCCACGUCACCAUUUGCCAAAGAUACGCAGAGUCCAGAGUGGUGUGUCGGCAUCUCAGGACCUCUUCCACGACAAUACCCCACAUCCUCUGGCAGCCACACCUUCUCUGGAUCAGGAUCCAUCGUGGUAUCCCUCUGCGAGACAGCGGGAGGAGGGGGUGGAGCGGAGGGAAGGGGGAGGGGUGAGAGAGGGGGGAGAGGGGGGAGGGGUGAAAAGACAAAUCUCCACAGACACAGAGAGUGGCUCUAAUGAACUGCGACCACCUCCUCCUCCUCCUCCACGCAAGAAGAGAAAGUUGAGUGGAUCUGGUCUCAGCUGUUUACAGAGGUGGGAGGAAUCAGAAGGGAGAGGAUUGAGUCAGGGAGACAAGGACACCUCCAGUGGCAGUUCUGGGAGCAGUUACGGCAAUUCCUCUCACUCCACACCGCCGAGCUCCGGGGGUUCGACCAGCAGCUCUUCCCACCACAGCUCAACACCGCAGAGCUCUGGAACUGACGGCAAGGGAGGGAGAGGAGAGGGAGGAGGAGGAAAGGGAGGAGGUGGUGGCAAGGGAGAACCUUCUUCACCUGAGAAUUCAUCUCAAUCGCCAUCUUCAUCAUCGAGUCGGACAGAAACUGGGAGAGAAGGAGAAAAGACGGAACAGUCAACACCGCAGAGCUCUGGAACUGACGGCAAGGGAGGGAGAGGAGAGGGAGGAGGAGGAAAGGGAGGAGGUGGUGGCAAGGGAGAACCUUCUUCACCUGAGAAUUCAUCUCAAUCGCCAUCUUCAUCAUCGAGUCGGACAGAAACUGGGAGAGAAGGAGAAAAGACGGAACAGUCAGACUCUGUGAAAAUUUCAGAGGAAGUUGACUCUCUGGACAACGUGUCUUCCAAAAAUGUAUCUCUCUCCUUCUCCACUGCUCCUCUGCUGGACCCCAGCCCUGGACGAGAUGCAGAUCGUAGUAGUGUCUCCAUACCUUCCAGUCUUCCGUUGUCCUCACUGGAGAGCUGUAUAGUGACUAGUACCCCUCAAGAGGGGGAGAACGAAAAACAUUUCUCACUCGUAAAUGUGUCUUCUCUCUCCGUCGGUUAUGGAGGAACCAAAGAAGAAGUGGAAGAGAGAGGAGGAGGAGGAGGAGAUGUUGAAAUGAGAGAGGAAGAUGAAGAUAGUGAUGCGACCACGUUAGGGGGCAGUGAUACAGAGUGUGGAGAUGAGAGAACCGGCGAGCCGGAGACAACUGCUAGGAAGGAUAGUAUCCCUGCUGCACCAAAAGAGAAAGACCAGGGACACGGUGAUGAACAUGCGUCCUCAUCAUCCUCUUCGUGGAGGCUGGUCUGCUCUGCCAACACCAAUACCUACUCCGAGACUAAAUCAUCCGCUGGCUCCGCCUCUGACCACACCCCCAACCCCCAGUCGUCGUCGCAAACCCUCCACCUCUGUCUCUCGCAGGACUCCCUCCCAUGUUCGGAGCUUCCUCUAGUCAUCGACCUACCACAGUCUCAGUGCUCUCAGUCGUCCACUCCUGAAGAUGAGAACGGGCCAACUGCUGUCGCCCAGAUAGCCAAAACCUGCUGUGAGAACUCUGAGAAUCAACGUCGCCGGAUUGACACGGGGAAGAUUGAACUUCCGUCCCUCGUGAGAGAGAGUAAGAGUGGAAAUGGUGGCGAAGAAGAAAGGAAUGAAGAGGGAGGAGGAAUGAGAGAGGAAGGAGAGGCAGAGUUAAUCAGAGAAGCCUGGAACUUGCUCCAGAGGGAGAGAAUGAGCGACAGAAGCGGUGCUCUCCUCUCCCCAACGGAGUCACAGGAGACGCGGGACGAGGAUGACGGUGGGGAGUGUGUGACGGGGGGAGGAGGGGAAAGGAGAGAGAGGUGCUCUGAGGGGUUCUCCCUGAGAAUUAGCCAAUCUCAGACCACACCCACUCAGGAGAAAACCACACCUCCUCCGACCGACAAAGCCCCCACUGGAAACUUAGCUGAAAUGAGUGGAAACGCUGCUCCCCAAACGAAUCGAACCAACUCUAACUCGCAUUCAGCUAUCAGUGGAGACAUUCAGCCAACAAACAGUAGUAGAGGGACUGGCAGUGGUACGACUGGUAUCGGGACAAGUGUGGUUCAGGACGAGGCCCGAGCUCGUCCUAAACCAGUCUACGAGAGUAUCGCUCUCUCUGAAUCCACCGGGUUUCUAUCAUCGCCUCUUCCUCCAUCUUCGCAGUCUGACCAGCUCCUCCCAUCCUCACAUCCACACCCCUCACAAUGCUCACACCCUGCCCACAGCUCACAAACUCCACAAGUCCCCAGCUCCACGUCGUCCCAGCCUCACGGUAACGACAUCUCCCAGGCCUCCUCUUCGUCUGCCGGGACACCAUUUCAAUUCCAGCUUCCUCAGAGUGGGGGCCUCCUCAUACCUCACCAGUACACCUCCCCUCCAUCCCUACACACACCCCUCACACCCUCCCCCUCUCCCCCUCCUCACCCUUCCACUGCUACGACACAGGGAGAAUCGGCGAAAAAGAAAAAUCCAGUUUCUCAGGAUGUUCAAGAUGGUCAACCAACACACCAUCUAUCUCAGUCUACUGAAGAAUCUAGCAAGAAGAAAAAACAGCGAAAUCUGAGGUUGAAGAAGUUCUAUGGAGGGAGAGAACCAGCGAGAUUUUCUGAGAGACCCAGAGGACCUGGACUGCAUCAGCUGGAGCAAGAGAAGGAACACGCACACGCAGCUGGAGGUUCACGAGAUGGAGGAGGAAGAGGAGGAUUUGUGCUAGUGGGAGCGACAACCCCGCGAGACGAGGAGGUAAUUGGAGGAGACGACUCGCAGAACGAACUAGAGAUCAACAUUCCUGGAGACAGUCAGUUUGAGACCUCUGCCGAUUCUCAGAGACUUCUAGACUGUCCCAUCGAACCCCCCUCUGUCCCUGCACCCUCGGACCCUCGGGGGCCAAUUUGCCAGACCCCACCCCCUUCUGUGAGGUCGAAAAUUUCCUCGUCGACCCAACAAUCAUGGACUGUACCUCCACCAAGACCACAGACAUCAAUAUUCUCAAAUGUACUCACAUCACGGAGGAAAACUGUGGAUCGAGCUAGCGAGACUGUUGACAGUGGAGGUAGAGAUGUUGAUCCUUUCCACUUUGAUUCUGAGAGUCAACCGGCUGAGUUUAUACUUCGGAGAAAGAAGAGGAGGAGAGACGAUGAUUGUGAGGGUAUGGAGGGAGGGGAGGAAGAUGAUUCGAAUGGUGUGUCAACAGUUUGUAAUGAUAGUCCACAAGUGGAACCGUCUGAGACCAAUAAAACUAAUUCCACCCCUCCCUCUGCCCCUGUUAUUACGAGCUCGCUCUCCCCUUCGUGCCAACCUCACUCCUCCACCCCCUCCCACCCUCCCCCACUCCCUCAUCAACAACCAACCGUCACCGGAACAUUUCCCCAAACUCCAGCAUCGCACACUUUCGCACCCUCCCCUCAUCAGUUUCUCCCUCCUCACCUAACCCCCACCCUCACGCCAGCGAGCUCCGUCCCUCUCUACUCCUCCCAUCUCCACUUCACGUCCCCAGCCUCUCGUGUUACGGAGGAAAAUAUCUCCUCGGCCUCGAAGAGCUACAGAAGGCAAAGGGAUCGCUACUCUCUGCGACACACUCACACCUACCGCCACGUGGUGGAGGUGAAGAUUGUUAGUCAAGAGGUGUACGAUGGAGAUAGACUUGUGGAAGGUCUGAACACUGUUUGGCAGGAGCAGUCUGUAGUGAGUUCCUCACCUGUGGAGAGAGUCGACGUCCAUCCCUACACCUCCUCUUCCUCCCCACCCUCUCACACCCUCCCCACUAUCCCCAUCCCCGUUCUCCCCACCACACUCACACCAAGGAGGAACCUCCAUCACCAAACUCCCAAUCCUCCCCCUCCCCCCACCACCACUGUAAUACCAGUUAGAGGAGUUUCUGAUUGUGCCCCACCCACUAUUAAUGGUGGUGGGGAGUCGAGAGAGACCGAGGGUGCAGGAGAGACGGAGAGUGCAGGAGAGACAGAGGAAGAGAGAGAAGGAGAGGAAGAGAUGGAGGAAGAGCCUAUCGUUAGUGAGAGAAACGAAAUCCAGAACCAAACCUCGUCAAAUAUUCAACAGACUCCACAGAGGAGAAGGCAGAUGAGGCGACCCACAGCUAUUCCUACUACUCCCUCCUCUUCCUCCUCCUCUGCUCUUCCUGGCCAGAGAACAACUAGAACCACAUCUGCCUCCUCCUCUACUGCCAUUGCCACUAGGAGAGGAACACCCUCUCGAAAAGGAGCAGUGAAUGGUGAGGGUGGUGAGAUAUGUGAGGGGAGUCUGGUGAUAGCCAGAUGGAGGAACCAAUCCUGGUACCCUGCCAUCGUCACUGGCUCCAAGAACGGAAGACUGAACGUGAAGUUUGCAGAUGGUGACAAGUCCUCUGUGUCACUCAGCCACGCCUUUCUCAGGGGUCAACUCCAGAAGGGCAUGCUGGUCAUUGCAAUGGACGACACGAGAGAGGGCCAGCGAGGUCACUUCUCUGGGUUUGCGGGUCCGUCUCUCUCUGACUGGUACAUGAGUCCUCUGACUGGGGGAGACGGCGUCCGGAGGGUGAAGUUUGUCUGUGACCAGUUGGAGGUUCCUCCUGCCACCGCUCUGCUCUGUGUCGGAGGAAAACAUAAUAGAGGAGUGAAGAUGGUUCCUUCAGAAGUUGUGGUGUCCCCAGCCCCCAAGAGGAGGUGUGUCCAGCCGGGAGGGGGAGAGGAGGAGGAGGAGGAGGGGUGGGAGGAGGUCUCGCAGCCUUCCAACAGCCAACGCUAUCUCUUUGAAGGACUCAGUUUCCUGCUUACCAUGAGGAGGAAGGAGGACAGACAUCUUGCCACUCCGCCUAGCGAGCAGUUCAACAAAGACAAGAUUGCGUCACAGAUCCGCUCCAGGAUGGGACGUGUUCUCGACAGCGUGGACCAUAAAUUGACUGGGAGCAGUGAGUGCUUUGUUCUGUCAGACAGCUACUGCAAGACUCAGAAGUAUCUGGUGGGUCUGGCCCUGGGACUCCCGUGUGUCUCCUACUGCUGGAUCUCACGGUGCAUCGGGAAGGGAGAGCUGGUAGACCACACCCCCCAUCUCCUUCCAGCUGGACAGAGGUCUGGUGAAGGAGAGGUGGUCCAGUGGACACCUCGUCCCCCAGGAGCAAUUAUGGCAGGGGUUUCCCUCACUGUUGAGGGAACUAGAGACUUCAAGGAUAAUUGGAGGGUGAUUGCAAGAAAAGCCGGAGCUACUGUCAAAGGAUCAUCUGAAGAACAUGGGACACCAGUAGCAAUCUCAGGGCAAGAAUUGGGGAGGAAAUCAGAUGCCAGAACUAGCUGCAGUCUACCUGGAGUGUGGUUGGCUGCAGUGGUGAUCCUCCGACUGGCCAGUGCAGUGUUGAAUCAGACGGCAUUCGUCCCUGAUGAAUACUGGCAGAGUCUGGAAAUUGCUCACAGAAUGGUCUUUGGGUAUGGGUACCAGACGUGGGAAUGGAAAGAGGGUAUUCGAGGGUACACACACCCAUUGCUCUAUGCCACCCUAUACAAGAUCCUCUCACUUCUUCACAUUGACCAUGACUUUCUCCUGACUGAACUGCCAAAGGUGAUGAAUGCUCUACUGGGUGUGAUAUGUGAUGUAUACGUCUUCAAACUGGCCACUCAUCUGUAUGGACUCAAAACUGGAACCCUUGCGCUACUCUGCAACGUGUCGUCUUGGUUUCUCUUCUACUGCUUGCCUCGCUCCAUGGGCAACUCCCUGGAGACUGUCCUCACAGCUCCUCUACUCUACCACUGGUUCCUGGCAGUGACCAGACUCCACACUCCUCCUCACACCAGGAGAAGGCAUACGUUGGUGUACCUGUCUCUAUUAGCUCUGGCAGUUCUAGUGAGACCUACAGCAAUGAUCCUGGGCUUACCGCUAGUCAUCUACCACUUCUGCUGGAGAUAUAGGGAUUUGAAGACGAUACUACAGUGCUAUGUUGCUGUUAGUGUGCUGGCUCUAGGUUGGUCACUUACUGUGGACUGGUACUUCUAUCAGAAGCUGGUAUUUGUUCAGUGGAGAUUCCUAAUGUUCAAUGUGUUAAAGGGACACUCUGCAAUGUUUGGUACACACCCAUGGCACUGGUAUCUGAGUCAGGGAGCUCCAGCUGUCCUGGGAACCUCUCUACCACUGCUCUUCAUUCUCCCGUGCUUCAACAGAGCCCCCAGUACACUGGGUCUACUGGCUCUGGGAGGCUGGACUGUUCUGGCAUAUAGUCUGCUGGCCCACAAAGAGUUUAGGUUCAUCAUGUCUCUGGUCCCUGUUGCAUCAGUCUUGGCAGGUCAUGCUCUGGAUCUCUUACUCUCAUUGAAGAAAUGGAGAGUGUUGGGAAGGUGUGGGUGUGCUGCAUUGCUCAUCAAUCUCCCAGCAAUACUCUGGCUCUGCCUCAUUCACCAGAGAGGGACACUGGACGUCAUGACUUUCCUUAGAUCUAACAUUACUGAUGGUUCCUCUGUGUUCUUCCUAAUGCCUUGCCAUUCAACCCCAUAUUACAGUCACAUUCACAGAAACAUUCAGAUGGAGUUCUUAGAGUGUCCACCUCUGUUGAAUGCAGGUGAUACUGAUACACAGAAGGAGUUUUACACUGACCCAGAGAGAUGGCUGGACAGUAGAUACUCUGCCUCACAAACCAAUCUUCCCACACAUAUUGUCAUGUUUGAUGCCCUAGUCAAGGAUAUAGAAUCUUUCUUGGAGCUGCAUAACUAUCAAGAGAUCAACAGAGUGUUCCAUACACUACAACCUCUGGAGUCUAAAAUAGGAACGCACAUUGUGGUGUACCACAAAAACGUCCCGUAGAAAUUGUUGUCUGCACGCGCAUG